GAUGACAAGAGAGACCGCGAGCGCGAGCGGGACAGGGACCGCGACAGGGAGAGGGACAGGGACAGAGACCGGCGCGACAGAGAUCGCGACAGGGACCGCGAUCCACGUCCAGGUAUGAGCGACCACUGGGAGCCUGAUGACAGGCGGAACGGAGGAGAUCGUCGUCCGAGGAGAUCUCGCAGCCGUUCUCGCUCUCGUUCCCGCAAACGUUCUGGCUCGCCUCGUCGCCGACGUCGCUCACACUCGCGCACUAAGUCUCGUAGCCGCUCGAGAUCUCGUUCACGAAGCCGUGAUCGUCGUGCCACCGAACCCUUCGCGCGCUCACUCGGUGGGCCCAUGAACGCGCCCCACGAAGAGGCCGUCGAAUUCGCCAAAGUCAGCAAGCGCGAGAACCGCGUCUAUGUCGGCAACCUCAGCUACGAAGUCAAGUACCGUGACCUGAUGGAAUUCAUGCGGGGAGCUGGUGAGGUCCUGUUCGCCGAAGUACUCGUCACGCCGACUGGUGUCUCGAAAGGCUGCGGCAUUGUCGAAUUCGCCUCGCAAGAAGAUUCCCAGAGGGCCAUCCGGGAGCUGUCCGAGCAAUCCCUGCUUGGCCGGCCUGUUUUCAUCCGGGAGGAUCGUGAACACGAAUCGCGAUUUGGUGCUACGCCUGUACCAGGUAAGAUCGGGAUGGCCAUGGCAGGUCAGGGCCUGCAUGCGGCACCCCCGCCUCGCCCUCCUUCCCACAACUUGUUUGGCCAACAUGGGUCGAACCCAGGAAACCAACUUUACGUUGGUAACCUGCCCUAUCAAGCGGGCUGGCAAGAUCUGAAGGAUUUAUUCCGCUCUGCCGGGGCGAUCAUUCGCGCCGACAUUAACAUUGGCCUCGACGGACGCCCGAAGGGAUCGGGCACCGUCAUUUUUGAGACCGCAAAAGAUGCCCUGCAAGCUAUCAGCAUGUAUAAUGGGUUCGACUGGUACGGACGGACUCUUGAGGUCCGCGAGGAUCGCUACGCCGGUCUGACCGGUCCUGGCUCUUUCCGUGGCGGCUACCGUGGCGGCCUUCGCGGUCUGCGCGGUAGCGGUCUUCGGGGUGGCUCACGGGGAGGUUUCCGCGGCGGUUACGCUGGAGGCGGCGCCGCCGCCGCUGGGAGAGAUUUCUCGGACAACUUAUACGCGGACUACUCCGGGCCGGACUCGCAGGGUGGUGCCGCUGGUCUUAGGAUGGACGGUUUCGCCGCUGGAGGAUAUGGCGCCUAUGCCGGCUACGAGCCCGAACCGAGCCAGCAGAUCAUGGUCCGCAACCUGCCGUGGUCGACCGCCAACGAGGAUUUGGUCGAGCUGUUCGAAACCACAGGUCAAGUCGAGCUGGCAGAGAUCCUCUUCGAGGGCGCGCGGUCGAAGGGCUGUGGUGUUGUCCAGUUCGGCCAGGUCCAAGAGGCUGAAACGGCUAUCGCCAAGUUCCAGCAAUACGUGUACGGUGGACGGCCGUUGGACGUGCGCUUCAAUGACCGCUGGCAUACGUUCACACCCAGCGCCGCCAAGGGUGGUCAGACCAUGCCGAUGCAAACAGAGGCCGUCUUAUAGUAAUCCCAUCUUAUGCACGUUUCCUCCCCCCUCACCGUGUAUUUGUGCGAAAUUUCUAAAAUUGCUUUCUAUGAUACUACUUCCAGCUCUGCGCCUCUAUUCUUGUGCUAUAUGAAGUAUGUUCCGUGAAUAUACAAAAGAAUUGCCUACUGCGCGA